AUGCAGAAAUUUUUUCGGCAAGGGACAAGAUACACCCUUACAGGCAGCCCCGAAAGAGGAAUCGGAGGAGACCUAACCACCUGGAUCGUAUACUCAGAUGGCUCAUUGUCCGCGGAGGGAGCAGCCUGCUAUGGCUUCGCCAUUCACCAGAAGGGCCUCUCCAUCUACGACGGCUCGGGCCGUCUUCGACCUGCCGAGGUCUUUGACGCUGAAGCUACAGGAGCACUGGACGGCCUCAAGGCCGCUUUGAACCUCCCAGGAUCAGCGGCACGGGACAUUAUAGUCUGUCUAGACAACCUGGUAUCAGAUUGUUCCUAG